UGGAGUGGCCGGCGGCCGCGGGGCUCAGGCCUGGUGGAAGCCCCCGCGGGCCGGGCCGGGAUGAGCUAUGGCAUCGGUCAAGGUGGCCGUGAGAGUCCGGCCCAUGAAUCGCAGGGAAAAGGACCUGGAGGCCAAGUUCAUCAUUCAAAUGGAGAAAAGCAAAACGACAAUCACAAACUUAAAGAUACCAGAAGGAGGAACUGGGGAUUCAGGCAGAGAGCGGACCAAGACCUUCACCUAUGACUUCUCUUUUUAUUCUGCCGACACCAAGAGUCCAGAUUAUGUCUCACAAGAAAUGGUUUUCAAAACUCUGGGUACAGAUGUUGUGAAAUCUGCAUUUGAAGGUUACAAUGCUUGUGUCUUUGCAUAUGGGCAAACUGGAUCCGGAAAGUCCUACACUAUGAUGGGAAAUUCUGGGGAUUCUGGCUUAAUACCUCGGAUCUGUGAAGCUCUCUUCAGUCGGAUCAAUGAAACCACUAGAUGGGAUGAAGCCUCUUUCAGGACAGAAGUCAGCUACUUAGAAAUUUAUAAUGAACGUGUGAGAGACCUUCUUAGGCGGAAGUCAUCUAAGACCUUCAAUUUAAGAGUCCGUGAGCAUCCCAAAGAAGGACCGUAUGUUGAAGAUUUAUCCAAGCAUUUAGUCCAGAACUACAGUGAUGUGGAAGAACUUAUGGAUGCAGGAAAUAUCAAUCGCACCACUGCAGCGACAGGGAUGAAUGAUGUCAGUAGCAGGUCCCACGCCAUCUUCACCAUCAAGUUCACUCAGGCAAAAUUCGACGCUGAAAUGCCAUGUGAAACUGUGAGCAAGAUCCACCUCGUCGACCUUGCUGGAAGUGAGCGGGCAGAUGCCACCGGUGCCACUGGGGUCAGACUCAAGGAAGGGGGCAAUAUAAACAAGUCCCUUGUGACUCUGGGAAAUGUCAUUUCUGCCUUAGCUGAUUUAUCUCAGGAUGCAGCCAACCCUCUUGUGAAGAAGAAACAAGUUUUUGUGCCUUACAGGGAUUCAGUUUUGACUUGGCUGUUGAAAGACAGCCUUGGAGGAAACUCUAAAACCAUCAUGAUUGCCACCAUUUCACCUGCUGAUGUCAAUUAUGGAGAAACCCUAAGUACCCUUCGCUAUGCAAAUAGAGCCAAAAACAUCAUCAACAAGCCUACCAUUAAUGAGGAUGCCAACGUCAAACUCAUCCGUGAGCUGAGAGCUGAAAUAGCCAGGCUGAAAACCCUGCUUGCUCAAGGGAACCAGAUUGCCCUCUUGGACUCCCCUACAGCUUUAAGUAUGGAGGAAAAACUUCACCAGAAUGAAGCAAGAGUCCAAGAAUUGACCAAGGAAUGGACAAACAAGUGGAAUGAAACCCAGAAUAUUUUGAAAGAGCAAACCCUCGCCCUCAGGAAAGAGGGCAUUGGUGUGGUUCUGGACUCGGAGCUGCCACACCUGAUUGGCAUUGAUGAUGAUCUUCUGAGUACUGGAAUCAUCUUGUAUCACUUGAAGGAGGGUCAGACUUAUGUCGGCAGAGAAGAUGCUUCAACAGAGCAAGAUAUUGUCCUUCAUGGCCUUGACUUGGAGAGUGAGCAUUGUGUCUUUGAGAACGCCGGGGGAACAGUGACUCUGAUACCCCUGAGCGGGUCCCAGUGCUCUGUGAAUGGUGUUCAGAUUGUGGAUGCCACACAGCUCAAUCAAGGUGCUGUGAUACUCUUGGGAAGAACCAACAUGUUCCGAUUUAACCAUCCGAAGGAAGCUGCCAAGCUUAGGGAGAAGCGGAAGAGUGGCCUCCUGUCCUCCUUCAGCUUGUCUAUGACCGACCUCUCAAAGUCCUGUGAGAACCUGUCUGCAGUCAUGUUGUAUAACCCUGGUCUUUUCCCUAUAAAAGGACCCAUCUGUCUAAGACUUGAAUUUGAGAGACAACAGCGUGAAGAACUUGAAAAACUAGAAAGUAAAAGGAAACUCAUUGAGGAGAUGGAGGAAAAGCAGAAGUCAGACAAGGCAGAACUAGAGCGAAUGCAGCAGGAGGUAGAGACCAGGCGCAAGGAAACUGAGAUCGUGCAGCGGCAAAUCCGCAAGCAGGAGGAAAGCCUCAAACGCCGCAGCUUCCACAUUGAAAACAAGCUCAAGGACCUGCUGGCUGAGAAGGAAAGGUUUGAGGAAGAGAGGCUUCGGGAACAGCAGGGACUCGAGCAGCAGAGGAGGCAGGAGGAGGAGAGCUUAUUCCGAAUCAGAGAAGAGCUUCGCAAACUCCAAGAGCUCAACAACCAUGAACAAGCUGAGAAGGUCCAGAUAUUCCAGGAGCUGGACCGGUUGCACAGAGAGCAAGAUGCCCAGAGUGCCAAGCUGCGGCUGGAGAAAAGGAGGCUGGAGGAGGAGGAGAGGGAGCAGGUACUGCGGGUGGCACACCUGGAGGAGCAGCUUCGGAAGAGGCAGGACACUGCUCCACUGCUGUAUCCUGGAGAAGCCCAGCGGGCCCAAGAGGAAAAGAGGGAACUGGAAGGCAUCCGGGAAGCCCUGUUGCAAGCCAAAGAGAUGAGAGCAGGAGGGGACCAUACCUGUAGGGAUGAACUGGAAAGGGCUCAGCAGUACUUCUUAGAAUUCAAGAGAAGGCAGCUUGUCAAGCUAGCAAGCCUGGAGAAGGACCUGGUCCAACAGAAAGACCUCCUAAGCAAAGAAGUCCAAGAAGAGAAAGCAGCUCUGGAGCAUGGAAAAUGUGAAGCAGGGGAGGAGCCGAGCUUCUUGGCAACAGAUAAUGGCAGCAUUCUCUGUCGGCCUCCAGAUCUGGACAAAAUAAAGACUGCAGAGACCAGGCUACAGAGCAAAGAGCACCAGCUACGGGACCUUCUGCAAAAUCAUUUGCCAGCUCUGCUGGAAGAAAAGCAGAGAGUUCUUGAUAUUCUUGACAGUGGUGUCCUAGGCCUAGAUAACACUCUCUACCAAGUAGAGAAAGAAGUGGAAGAGAAAGAAGAGCAGAUCACACAGUACCAGGCUAAUGCUAGCCAGCUGCAACAGCUCCAGGCCACCUUCGAGUUCACAGCUAACGUGGCCAGACAGGAAGAGAAGGUGAGAAGAAAGGAAAAGGAAAUACUGGAGUCCCAGGAGAAGCAGCAAAGAGAGGCAUUGGAGCAGGCUGUGGCUAAGCUAGAGCAGAGGCACUCUGCCCUGCAGAGGCGGUCCACUCUGGACCUGGAGAUCCAGGAGCAGAGGCAGAAACUUGGCUCUCUCCACACCAGUGAAUGGUCAGGGCGGCGGGCCAGUCUGGAGGCUGAUGGAGAAGCACUUGAGAUGGACCCUGGAAGGUUAGAACAUGAAAUCCAUCAGCUGAAGCAGAAGAUCUGUGAAGUAGAUGGUGUUCAGAGACCUCAUCAUGGGACUUUAGAGGGGAAGGCUGUUCCCUCCAGCUUGCCACCCAGUGGGGGAAACUCUCACCUGGCUCCACUGAUGGAUGCCAGGAUCAGUGCUUACAUUGAGGAAGAAGUCCAGAGACGCCUUCAUGAUUUGCACAGGGCAAUUGGUGAUGCCAACCAUACACCUGCUGAUGUGAUGAAGAGGAAUGAGGAACUUCACAAUGGCGCCACGCAACGUAAGCUAAAGUAUGAGAAAAGGCAGCCAUGGUCUGCACGGUGUGUUAUCCCACUUCUGCCCAAAGAUGUUGCUGACUCUCCCAGUGUCCUUAAAGAAGAGAGUGAGAUGUGUCCGAGCAGCCAGCGAAGCGAUCCCAUGUCACAGAACACUUCACUCUCCACAGUGUUCUCCAUGGUCUCCCAAGAGAGGACGGUUCUACACUCAGGAACUGAGUUACUGAAGAGUAUUGGUGACAAAUGUUGUUACCCUGAGAAUUCUGGCCACCUUGAACCAAACCGUGCUCAUCUUCAUGAAAUCACUUCCCUUAAUGAAAGGAACUCUAGAGAUGGACAGAAUUCUCAGGGUGAGUCAGAAAAUGGCAGUGGGUUGAUGACUCCUGAAGAGAAACAAAGCUGGGGAAUCGAGUCCAGCUGGACAUUGUUGCAACACGUGUCCCAGCAAGCGCCAGCAGACAGAGGAAGCCAACAAGCUAUGCAAAGCAGGGUUCUGUGCUUUGUUCUCUCUGAAAGCCUUUCUCAAAGGGAACAUCCCACUGGCAGCUCUCCUCAGAGAGUAGCAGCUUCUACAUUGAGUUGUGAGCAACAAAAUGAGAAAGACUCUGAUGCUAAAAACACUAGUGUUCUAGCUCCCCUAGUCCAUAUCAGGACAGAAGCAAAGAAGCGACUGGGAUAUUUUUACCACAAAUUCUCAGGCCUGUAUAAAGACACCAGUGGCCACCUGAUACAGGCUGGGACUAAAGUAAUGAGCCAAGCCAAGCAUGUUGGGAGUGUGUGUGACCCAGGUGAGCUGGCCUCCCAUGUGACAACCUUCAUCAGAGGCCUGCCAUUAUUGGAGCACUUACCCCAGCACCUGCCCUUGAGGUCACUCAUGGUGCCAUCAGGUCCUCCUCCUCUUCCUGAAACUCAAAUUGGCAGCUUCAACAGUGAAGGUGGAGGAAGCCCAAGGUCAGCCAAGAGCACAGCACCUCACAGGAACCUGGCCUUCACAUCUACAGAUGCACCAAAUUCCUGGCCAAAUUCAGUUUUCCGUCUUGACUAUGAAGAUGCUGGGAAGAUCAUUGCAUUUAAGCAGACUCUUGUACCUUUCCCAGAACAAAUGCUGAGGCUUCAAGAGUGCCCUCUCACAGACCUCCUUGAGCACAUGACAUGUUGUUUGCCAGAGCCUGUGGACAUAAUGAAGGCUGUCAAAGGCAUUUACUGGCUUGCAGUUGCUAACUGCUCCCAGCCUGAGCCCCAGGCCGCAUGCUUGCUCCUGCUGCCUUCAGCUCUGUAUGCUCUGGUACUGGGAGAUGGUUGCCCAGGCUCCAGGAGCACUUUUCAUACUCUCCCCCUCACUGCACUGCAGGAGAUUCAGGUUGGCUUUGGUGGGCAGAGCAUUCGAUUCCUGGGCUCCACAGAGGACCUCUUGCUUACUGUGCUCACUUACAACAAGAGCCUCACUCAGCAGCUCUGCCAAGACCUCCUGGAUGUGCUAAUGUCUGGGUCUGAAGCUGCUGCCUACAGCAAUCACCCUUUGCUCCAUCAGGAUCUGGUUCAGCUUUCUCUUGAUUUGAAGGCAGAAAUCCCUGUUUUAACUUUGGCAAAUGGAGUUAAGUUUUCUUCUAAUUUCCAGACAACCUUGGUAGACAUGGUCUACUUUCUUCAUGGAAAUAUGGAGGCCAGUGUCCCUUCUCUGGCUGAAGUUCAGUUACUGCUAUAUACCACAGUCAGAUUGGAGAGUGAGGCUGGUUGUGCCCCCUGCCCAUCAUUCAUCCUUCUUAACACCCACAUGGCACUCCUGAGGGAGGAUCAUGUGUUUUACCCCUACACUGGCUCUCUAAACACACUUCCUCCACAUGGGCGAUUUGAUGUGAUCAAGUGCCAAGCUCUGAGUGAGUUCAGAUGUGUCAUAGUUCCAGAGAAGGACAAAGUGUCAAAGGUAGAGCUGGUCUUCCGAAGGAAACAUGGGCUUUCCUUGAACAGAGGAAGUGUUCUACCUGAGCAGAGUCAAGUUAACUCAAGCACCCAGGUGGUUACUCCAUUGUGUCUUGAGGAUGGACAGGAUCAGGCACUCGACAUUUGGAAACUCACUUUCAAUUCUCAGGAUGAGGCUCUUUGGCUAAUCUCAUAUUUAACAAGACUCUAGGAAGGAGACUUCUAGAGAUACAGGGCAGUUUCUUUUAGACCUUCAAUAAAAUGAAUAUUAUAAAAACAGUCAAGAAAAUAUGAACAUCUCAGUGUACUUAAUUGAAUGGGAAAAAACAGGACUCUGAAAUUGAAAGUAUAAAUAUUUUGAAUAAAGCAAAGUGAAAAUAGCUGAUAGCAGAGUACUGGAAAAAUAUCUUUAUUGCCACCUGCUUAAUUGUCUCAAAACUCAGAUUGUAAAUUUGGAUCUGCUCAAUUACUGGUGCCAUGAUUAAAGCAUUCCGAUGGCUUGGCUUAGUUGUCUGUUUAUGGUAUGGUAGCUUGGAAUCGGGCAGUGCCUGCUGGCAUCCAGUGGACUAAUUUGUGCUGUCUGGAAAGGUGCCCAGUCUGGCAGUGACCUUCAUCAACACCCUCCAUGUUGCCCAUGAGUAGCACAGCUGUGUGGUAGAGUACAUCAUUGCUUCCUUCAGCUUCCCCAGUCCGUGCCCCACACAUAAUUUUUACCAGUCUCCUUCUUUCUCUGAACCUUUGUGUUUUUAUCCUGGAAGUGCUGUGUGUGUGUUGGAACAUUUUUAUGGCUUAUUUCUGCUGUCUUGUCAAAUAUAUGGUUGCCUUGGAUGACAUUCAACACUCGCUGUGUCUUCCAUCUUUCCUGCCUCUUGACUAGCCGUGACUCAGAUCUGCUCAGCCAGGUAUCUUGCUGGCCUGAGGUGAGUUUGCAACUAUCCAGGCUUUGUUCAUUCUUCAUUUACUUCUGUGUGGCAAUCCUAUGAGCAGUCAGGAAAACAUGUUUUGAGUUAGUUUAUGCAAUCCAGCUGCUCUGCCCUUAUUCUCCUUUCUCUUGGAUGCAUGUCACUUAAUCCCAGAGUCUCAGAAGCAGGGAAGAUGCCUCUUUUCUCCAUUGACUCACCUUCCUCUCUCUGCUGGACACAGGCUCUGCACACUCUGUGCAGUUUAAUGAGUCUCCAGUUUCAUUAGACCACUCAUUUCAGCUUUGGCUUGGAAGGGCCUUUCUGUUCUGGUCACAUUUUUGGCUAAUGUUCAGUAUAAGUGUGGGCUCUUUAUUUCUGUCACUAGCUGAUGAUGGGGGUGAAGUUAAAACCUAACCCGUCCAGAAACUUACCAUCUGCUUUUUGUCAGAAUUGCCAAGAGAGUGGACAAGCUAUUGAAGUGUCUCCACAUUUUCAUCUGUUUCCUCUGUUUAGAUUUUGGGAAAAUGAAUAGCAAAACAUAGAAUUGGAGAAUGUGUUGUUGUUGUUGUUGUCUUCUGUGCACCAGGGGGGCAAGCUUAUUGUUUUCAAUGUAAUUCUUAUCCAGAGAUGGAGUGUGGUUUUGUUACUUCCAAAACACCCCUCCUCUGAUAGACACAUGACCUUACAUCCAAAGCAUUUUAAUUAUAUAGAGAACAUUGUGAAAAUUACUACCACUACUUGACCCCAACUUUAACUAUAGGUCUAUCUUGGGUGAAAAAAAAAAAUCCUAAAAAAUCUCAUAAUAUUCUUCUAAAACCUCAUCAAUACUAUGUGUAAUUUUCAUUUUUUUAGCUAAUGUAAUUUAUAUUACUUGCCAUGACUCUUUUGUUAUAUAUGUUUGAUUAAACAAACAAAUAAGCAGAAUUAAACCAUGAAGAACUGAAAAUAAAAUGGAAGAUGCUGACAGAGGGAUGUAAUGAUUGAGAACAGGAAGCAAUAAAAAAGUUUUCUGUUAUUUUAACAAAGACUGUCUACCUCAAAUAGACAGACUUCCAUAAUUUUACCAUGCUAUAAAUAACAGCCUUUAGGGUUUGUCUUAGUUAGGGUUUCUAUUGAUGCGAUAAAAACACCAUGACAAAAAGCAAGUUGGGGAGGAAAGGGUUAAUUCAGCUUGUACUUCCAGAUGCUAGCCCACUACUGAAGGAAGUCAGGAUAGAAACUUAAGCAGGGCUUAAACCUGGGAGUAGCUGAUGCUGAGGCCAUGUAGAUGUGGUGCUUACUGGCCUGCUGCACAUGGCUUGUCCAGCCUGCUUUCUUAGAGAAUGAAUGACUGCCAGCCCAGGGAUGAUGCUACCCAAAAUGGGUGGGUGUCAAAGCACCAUCUGCAAUGGAACAAAGCAAGUAUAGUCUGCAAGUUGCCUGUGUCACAGCCUUCAGAUGGAUAGUUGUCUUUCUACUACGAAUUUUCAUCCAACAGUCUUCAGUCCUUUCACUCUUCUUACACAACAGCUUCCAAAACACCACGAUCCGAUCUGCUCAGGUCAGGACGCACCUCUGCCAUUUUCGAAAGCUCCUUUCUAAGGAAGGUAACCAAAUUCUCUAGUUGAUUAAAAGGAACCAAUGUUGAUUGGCCCUUGUUUGGUUAAAGAGCUCUCUUACUCAAGUGGUUUACAAUGGUAACAGCAAUUCCAGGUACCCUGUGUACUCUGAUUUUCAGAAUGUGGAGCUGUUUGCCAUGGUUUUUGUUUUUGUUUUUCCCUUUAUCCUUGAAAAGGCACUCCCAGAAAGGAGAAUCUAUCAUCGUUUUCACUUUACAUUUGGGCAUUUGAACCAAUAAUUGAUUGCUAUAGCAUGCAGGUCACACAGUUUAGCAAAAUCUGAAAGUGUGUGCCUCCUAAGCUUUUAUAGACCUCAUGGUAUUAAGACAAGGUCCCAUCCUGGCAUAGGGAGGCUUCUACAGUGAAUGUGAACCUGUGUUGACCAUUUGUCAUGUUCUCACUGUCUUCCUCCUCACACUCUUUAAUCCUAUUUUCUUACAACCUGCCUCCUGUUCAACAGUGUAACACAUUGGUCUCUGCCAGGGGUUCCCCCUUUUCAAAUUGCUGGGGCAUUACAAGGUGACUGUCCUGUUAUAGCUCCAACCAGAGCUAUCAUCCCAGCAUGUAAAAUUUGAGAAAAGGAAGAAUUAGAAUUAUGUGAGAUCCUGGGAAAAGAGACAGGAGAGUUGGAAUUCUGAUUUAAAUUAGAGCAGGGUUUAAUCUGAUUUAAAAGGGGGGAAAAACGCAAAAACCCUGAUGUGCCUGUAUUUUUUAAGCAAAGCUUACUUAUGGUCUCCAGGAGAUGAGAUGAAGUUCUUAGGGCUGAUCUUGUCUUGGUCAAUCGUGAACUGAAUUUAACCAUCUGCUACAUAAUUGGUAAUUAGGAGAAUGUUGAUGACUCUCUGUGGAAUUAGGCCGUUCAGUGCCCUUGUAUAGCCUGCAGUGAGCUGGGCUGAUACUAAUGCCACUUCCUCUUCACUUCCUCAAUGUGCUGCUUCUGAAGGCGACAUCCUGAGUAGGAAGAGGAAAUUAAAAUGGAGCCUGAGUUCUGCUCAGGUCUUUUCCCUGAGGACAUGACUACAGUGUUUCAGGGACUUGUUUUUAUUCCCUCAUAUGCUACUUCCCUCCCUCCUCCUACAUCCAUACUCCUCCACUCCUCCUCAGUUUCCCUUCAGCAAAGGCUAGGUCUCCCCAGAUAUCAACCAAACAUAGCGUAUCAAGUUACAAUAAGAUUAGGCACCUUUUCCCCAGUUCAUCAUGCUGACAGGACAAAUCGUAGGUCAAAGGUUUCAUGGCUGGCUGGGUUGGUGUCCAGACCCUUCACUGGAAGUCUUGCCUGACUGUAGGAGUUGGUUGGUUCAGGCGCUGUAUUCUGUAAUAUGAGGGAAUUAAGGCUGGACAAGGCAACCCAAUAGGAGGAAAGGAAUCCCCAAAGAACCAGAAGCAUCAGAAAUAGCCCCUACCCCUGUUCCCUCUGUUAGGAGUCCCACAAAAACCACCAAGCUACAACUAAAAAUAUACAAAUGGCCCAGGUUAGACUCAUGCAAGCGCUUUGAUUGUCCAUUCUGUCUCCGUGAGCCCCUUUGAGUCCAGGUUUAUUUAUUCUGUGGGUUCUCUUGUAGUGUCCCUGACCCCUCUGGCUCCUAUAAUACACCUCCCAACCCUUCUCCAGUGGGAUUUCCGGAACUCCACCUAAUGUUUAGCUGUGGGUUUCUGCAUCUGUCUCCAUUGGUUGCUGAAUGAGGUCUGUCUGAUGACAGUUGGGCUAGGCACCAAUCAGAGUAUAAUAGAAUAUCAUUGGUUAUCAUUUCAUUGACUUUUUUUUUAAAAAACCAAUUGUGCUUGCUUCUAUCCUAGGCCUAGGUCUCUGGGCCAUCCAGCCUCUGGUCCAGCCAGUGUCAGGGCUGGGAUCCCUCUGGUAGCCAUUUCCACAGCUUCUGUGCCACCUUUUCCCCAGUUCAUUGUGCUAGCAGGACAAAUGGUAGGUCAAAGAUUUUAUGGCUGGAUUGGUGUCUUGCUCGGAUGUAGGAGUUGACUGAUUAGGCUCUGUAUUCCUAGCUAGGGUCAUCCUAAUGGAUUCCUGGGAGUUUCUAUUGCACUAGGUUUUACCUUGCCCCUGAAUUGCCCCCCACCCCAGUAUCAGUUGUUUUUCCCAGUGCUCUCCCCCUCUAUCCUUUCCCCACCUGAUUCCUCUUGCUCCCAUCCCCCAAUCCACCCACAAUAUUUAUUCCCUUUCCAUGCAUUCCACAUCGAUCCUCCUGUUACUUAGCCUCUGUGGAUCAGGCACAGGUUUGUUUUUUUUUUUCCAAAAAAGAUUAGUAUGUGCACAUGCAAGAUAAUAUUUAGUUAAAUAGAAAAAUAGAAAAAUGUUUUUAUUUAAUAUCUCUUACUUUUCGACAUAUAAUACAAGCUACUAAUUGUGUGGCUGUUCCUGAUGCUCUAUUUCUAAGUGGAACCGUUCCACAGUACAUUUUAAGGUUCUUGUAGCAUCUUACAUAUGCACUCACAUUGGAUUUGCUCUUUUCUAGUAUAAGGCCUUUGUGUCUCACUACCUCUUAUGCUGAUGUGUCACUAGUUUCUCUGUUAAGCCUGAGAGUCAUGGCCACUGCAGAAAAACACAACUGACUCCAAAGUAAGCAAUGCCAUGAUACUUAAAAUCCUCACAAACUAUGUGGUUCAGCAUGUAUUUCUAUGUCUAGUCCUCACAAACUAUGUGGUUCAGCAUGUAUUUCUAUGUCUAGGGCAAAACUAGGGAUUCAAAAUACAGCCAUAUACAAAUCAAGCAUACAUUUAUGAAUAUUAUAUUACUUUCUCAUACCGUCCAAGACACAUUUUAGGAAAAUAUUAAGGACCUUUUACAACUUUAUCUGAGAACGGUAUGUUUCUCAUGGAAGUGACUUCAUAAAGUAAUUGUGGGAAAAAAAAAACCCUAC